AUGGAGAUUCCACAACUCGGUUUUGGAACAUUCUUAGCCAAAGAUCCUGCUAAGCUAAAGGCUGCCCUUCAUUACGUAAUUGAAGAAUGCGGCAUUAGAAGUUUAGAUUGUGCAUGGGCAUAUUAUAAUCAAGAUGUUGUUGGAGAGACAUUGAAAGAGAUCUUUGCUGCUGGAAAGAUCAAGCGUGAAGAUCUUUUCAUCACAUCCAAACUUUGGUGCACUCAUCAUAGACCAGAUCUUGUUGAAUUUGACCUUAAACAGAUUUUGGAGCAACUUCAACUUGAUUAUAUUGAUCUAUGGUUAAUGCAUUUUCCUAUUGCUCUUGAAUCCAGAACAGAUAAUGAGUUCAUUCCAAAAGAUGCCAAUGGAAAAGUCAUUCAUGAGCAGAUAGAUAUGCUUGACACAUAUAAGGCAAUGGAAGAAUGCAUGAAGAAAGGCAUGACACGUCAUAUUGGUGUCUCCAACUUCUCAAUUGAACAACUUGAGCGUGUUUGGUUCAAUUGUGAGAUCAAACCAUACGCAAACCAGGUUGAAUGUCAUGUUUACAAACAACAUCAUCCAUUAAUCCAAUAUUGUGAAAGUCAUAACAUCUUCUUGAUGGCACAUACAACAAUUGGACAUCCACCACUUAAGGGAUAUCGUGGAUGCAUGUUGAUUGAAGAUCCAGAUGUUGUCAGUGUUGCAAAGGAAGUUGGUAAAACACCAGCACAAGUUUGUAUCAAAUAUCUCAUCCAAAUGAGUCCAAAAGUUGUUGCAAUUCCUAUGUCCAUGAAUCCAACCAACAUCAAACUCAACUACGACAUGAAUUUCACACUGAAUGAGUCACAAAUGAACAAACUCAAGUCCCUUGAUAAGUUCUAUACAUUCAAGUACCACCCAUAUAUCUUCGGUGUUGAUGUCCUUGGUUUAGGAUUUAAUGUUUGGGGAUAA